AGACCAUUAUAUGCGCUGCACAGCUGAGCUGAUGCAAGUUGAAUGAGGAUCUCGUUUAAUGUUACCGGUCUGUGAUUUCUCAUAGCCCUGGGCAGUUUGAAGAUGACAGACUGUCAGGCAGAAGGACCUGGGAACAUGACACCAAUGGAACUGUAUGAGAAAUUGACAGCCCAGGGAGAGAAAGUCAGAACCCUAAAAACACAAAAGGCUGAUAAAGCGGACGUUGAUGCUGCAGUGCAGCUCUUGCUGAAGCUAAAAGUGGACUACAAAGCUGUAACGGGUCAGGACUACAAGGCCGGAUGCCUGCCCAGCGACAGUGCCCCCACGCAGGACAAUGGGCCCUCAGCUGGCGAAGAAGAGGACAUGGUGGACCCCUGGAAUGUGUCAACCUCCAGUGCCAAAGGAGUGGACUAUGACAAGCUGAUUGUUCGGUUUGGCAGCAGCAAGAUUGACCAGGAGCUGGUGGAUAGAAUAGAACGCGUCACGGGACAGAAGCCACAGCGCUUUCUGCGACGGGGAAUCUUCUUCUCCCAUAGGGAUAUGCACCAAGUCCUGGACGCAUAUGAAAACAAGAAAUCCUUCUACCUGUACACUGGGCGGGGCCCUUCUUCAGAGGCCAUGCAUGUGGGCCACCUCAUUCCCUUUAUCUUCACAAAAUGGCUGCAGGACGUGUUCGACAUCCCGCUGGUCAUCCAGAUGACGGACGAUGAGAAGUAUCUGUGGAAGGACCUGUCCCUGGAGGAGUGCCAUCGCUACGCUGUAGAGAACGCCAAAGACAUCAUCGCCUGCGGCUUUGACGUCAACAAGACCUUCAUCUUCUCCGACCUGGAAUACAUGGGAACGAGCCCGGGAUUCUACAGGAAUGUGGUAAAAGUCCAGAAGCAUGUGACCUUCAACCAGGUGAAGGGAAUCUUUGGGUUCACCGACAGCGACUGCAUCGGCAAGAUCAGCUUCCCGGCCAUCCAGGCCGCGCCCUCCUUCAGCACCUCUUUCCCCCAGAUCUUCAACGGCAGGAAGGACGUGCAGUGCCUGAUCCCAUGCGCCAUCGAUCAGGACCCAUAUUUCAGGAUGACCCGUGACGUCGCCCCUCGAAUCGGCUACCCAAAACCAGCCCUGCUCCACUCGACCUUCUUCCCCGCCCUGCAGGGGGCGCAGACCAAGAUGAGCGCCAGUGACCCCAACUCCUCCAUCUUCCUGACUGACACCGCCAAGCAGAUCAAGAACAAGAUAAACAAGCACGCCUUCUCGGGAGGGAAGGACACUAUCGAGGAGCACAGGAAGCACGGUGGGAACACGGACGUGGACGUAUCCUUCAUGUACCUGACUUUCUUCCUGGAGGACGACGAGCAGCUGGAGAAGAUCCGGCAGGACUACAGCAGUGGAGCCCUUUUAACAGGAGAGCUGAAGAAGUGUCUGAUCGAGACCCUGCAGCCCAUGAUCACGGCUCACCAAGAGAGACGCAAGCAAGUCACAGAGGAGACCGUCCGCCAGUUUAUGACUCCCCGCCGGCUAGAUUUUAACUACUAGCGGGAGAGAAUUUUGAGAGAGUGAGUUAGCAAUCGCGAUUCAAAUUGCAAUGUAAUUUCCACCCGACACUUUCCAAGCAAGCGGCUUCCUCUGCACCCAGGCACGUGAUGCUGCUUCCCAGAGCCGCAAUGCAUCCAGAUCAUGUCCCCAGCUGUACAGUUCAUGUCUAAUAAACCGCCUGUUAAAAUA